UCAGGAGCUGUCACGCUGACAUCUCAGGGGACAUGUACACUGAUCAUCAGGGCACUGAUGAUCAGUGUGCCCUGAUGAUCAGUGUAGCCCCAUCAGUGCAACCUGUCAGUGUCCAUCAAUGCCAGCUGUCAGUGCUCAUCCAUGCCACCUGCCAGUGCCCAUCAGUGCCACAUCAAUGCCACAUAUCAGAGCCUCCCAGUGCACAUCAAUGCCGCAUAUCAGUGCCCAUCUGAGCUGCCUUUCAGUGCCACCUAUCAGUGCUGCCAAUCAGUGCCACCUAUCAGUGCUGCCAAUCAGUG